AUGGUCAAAGUCCUGAUCUUCCUCAGCGCGUUGGCCACUGCCGCUACGGCUGGCUCCGUCACGGAACUCCCCGAGUCUGUGACCAAGCUCAUCGACUAUUCUGCAAACCCCUGCGACGACUUUUACCAAUACGCGUGUGGUGCGUGGUUCAAGGAUGCUGUGAUCCCCCCGGGCAGAGAGUUAAUCGAUACCGCGACCAACAAGAUCUCCAUCCAAAACGAAGCCCUGGUGAAGAAGAUUUUGUCUGACAACACGACCAAGAUUGGCGCGUUUUACAGCUCGUGCUUGGACACGGCUACGCUCUCGUCGCUCGGCCUGGCUCCGUUAGCCGACUCGAUCAAAUCCAUUCGGUCGGCCAACACCACGUUGGACCUCCUCGCUGUGGCUGGUGAAUUGGUCAAGUACGGCAUCCCAGCUUUCGUGGACAUCAAGGCCAGACCUGAUGACGCCAACGCAACCAAGAACGCCCUCUUUGGUUUACGAGCCCCUCUGCCGCUGCAUCAAGUGUACUACACCACCACUUAUUGGAAUGCGUGGAAAGGCGACUACGAGGUGUACAUUGCGUCGGUACUACAACUAGCUGGCUACACUGCCGAGCAAGCGGCAGCUGCGGUGCUGGUAAUCAUUCGAUUCGAGCAAACUCUGGCGAGUUUCGCCCUCAGCAAACUCGAAGAGAUGGAAGCCGAAGCGUCUCCGUACACUGUAUUUAACUACUGCGAACUGGACCAGAAGUACCCGCUGCUCAUCGGCUCGUGGCUCAAGGCCAACGGCUUCAAC